AUGACAAACGUUGCAGUAGUCAUUAUUUGCAGCAUAAUUUCUAUUGAGAGCGUUUUUAUUCUAAUCGGGAACAUUUUUACAAUUUAUGUGUUCUGGAUUCAUCGUGCUCGUCUGAAGCGAACCUCGUUUCUUCUAAUAAACCUGGCCAUUGCUGACCUCCUUGUUGGCGCUACUGAACCAAUCGCCAUUGGAACAGGGGCAAUCCAUAGGCACUUUCAAGGAAAUAAAACAGACGAAGUCCUCGUAUCAAACCAAGAUGAUUUUUCUGCAAUAAUUCCUACUAUGUUUUCGUGUUCGUCCUUGUUUUUUCUUGUUCUUAUCUCAUUGGAACGUGCGUAUGCUGUGGUUUGUCCUCUUCGCCAUCGGCUCGCCUCGAACAAAUCGUACAUUUGGUGUAUUGUCACCGUUUGGGUUAUCGGCGGAUUCGUGGGUGCAGUACUUUUAUUAGAUUCAGCCAAAAUGUGGAGUCAUGAAAUCUCACAGUACAUUAUUUGCUCUAUGAUAUUUUCCGCUCUGGCCAUAAUCUGCGGCAGCUAUUGGAGCAUUCGGAAUAAACUUUAUUCCAGAGAUGUCCCGGCUAUCAAUCGAAGUAGUCGAAAUAACGUCGAACAAAACAUAAAACUAUCGAAGACUUUGUGCAUCGUAACAGCUGCCUCUUGUGUUUGUUGGCUGCCGGGGAGCAUUCUAUACUUUGUGAACGCCGUAUGUAAAUGUCGUAUAUCUAUGGGUGCUCUCUAUGCUACAACACUUUUUAAUAUAGCGAGCUCGUUCGUAAAUCCAGUUAUUUAUAGCUUUAGGAUGCCUAUCUUUAAAGAGCCACUCAGUAAGUUAAAACCGAGAAGGACACGGAAUAACAGGAGAAGUUCAAAGGCUGGUGUAAAAAGCCCAAACGAUCUGUCCAAACCAGUAGCAAUGCUGGAUUUCAAUGAAAUUCCCUAUAGUUAA